AGCAGUUGUGCCAAGUGUUUAUCUCAAAAACAAGACGUACGUAGUACAACAAAAACAACGUUUACCUUCUCUAAGAAGUUUUUUCGCAACAAAAUCUACGUAUAAAGAAUCUCUACAUGGAUAAUUAUUUCUUGUAAGAAUAUUAAAAAUCAAGUCAAAAAUAUUACCGGCUUUGCUCCGCUGGUGACAGUACUUAUCUUCGCACGUUCGAGUCUAGUAGAUCUCGCUAUUGCCUGUGGCUUCGAUAAUAAUAAUAAUAGAUCUCGCGGGUCGAUUUUCCUUGGAAUUUCUACCGUGGGGAAACAGGAACGAGAAAACAAAACCUUUUUCUUUGAGUAAUAAAAGAAUUUUACAACACCUUUCUUACUUUUUGGACAAUUUCUAAAAUCGUUUUGGACAAAUAUCUCGAAAAUCUUCACAUUAUUUCCUUUAAAAGCUCUAACCACUAAAAAAGACCGCAAUAUUUCUAUCGCGCAUUACACAUCUCACGGGGAGAAGGAAUCGGACCGAGACAGGACAACGUCAAACGGCAAACGGUGAGCUUCCACUUUCCUACAACUACCAAAAUGCAGCCGGG